UGUACCUUCACACCUGAGAUCUCUUCGACAUGGCAUCAUUGAUGGAAGCAGAGCUCAUUCAUCAGCGCGAUGUUGCCAAGGAAAUGGUACACGAACUUCGAAGACAAGUGGAAGCACUACAGAAGCGCGAAGGCGUCAUUGAGCAACGAGCUCUCACGGCCGAACUGCGUCGACACCAAUUCGAGAUGACGCUCAAGCGUUGCAAACACCGAAUUGACACAUUGGAGGCGAACCUCAGGCACCACGUUGUGUCCAUUUUGCUUGGUGGUCUGCUUGGGGCGUUUUUUGGAUGGCUCAUGGGAAUCUGCCUCGUCAUGAUUGAUACCCCGCCCUUUGUUGCGUUCUUCCUGAUGGGUCCGUUCGUCUUGUGCGGUGCCAUGGUUGGAAUCGCGGCCGGCCUCGCUCGUCGACAACAGAAGCUUCUGGCUCAGAGCAAGAGAAUGCAGUAUCCUGUCUUCAAAAAGUCCAUUCUCCCCGCGCCGAAGCGAUCUGCGCUCGGAACAGCCAUCGUAUGCGCCAAGGAAGUGUCCUAUGCGCUCUAUUCAUACAUUCGGUCGUAGCUUCUCAGGGCUAAUGUAUCAAUAUUAUUGGUAGAAAUUCAACA